AUGAAAUAUUCAAUUGGUCAAUUGAUCGAUUUGCCUGAUGAAUUAUUUCUGAUGAUUUUUAAGAACCUGAAUAAUGCUGCAUUACUCUAUUCUCUUAUGAAUAUCAACACACGAUUGGAUAGAAUUAUAUCUGAUCCAGUCUUUACUAGAAAUUUAACAUUAUUAAGAUAUUUUUCUAAUUGUCUUAUUUGUCCAUUGGUUGACACAGUAAUUGAUCGAUUUUGUUUACAAAUAUUACCUCAGAUACAUUAUAAAAUCAAUUGGCUUAAUCUUGAAUCAUUAUCUAUGGAACGCAUUCUUCUUGCUGCUGAUUAUCCUAAUUUACAUAAUCUUGGUCUUUACAACGUUGAUAAGAAGACUGCUGAACGUGUUUUCGCAGACGGAUCUCCUGUAUUCCAUAUAUUCAACAAAAAAAUUCAAUCACUUGUUAUUACAAUGAUUGGUAAUGGAACGCAAACAUCAAAAAGUGAUUUUGUAACAUCAAUCUUUACCAUUGUUUUAACUGUGUUUAAUAAUCUACUUUAUUUAAAUUGUGAUCCAUUUGCGGAAUCGGAUUUGCGACGACAAUCAUUUUAUGAUAAGACUCCAACAUUUUUCUCUUCAACUUUGCUCGAGUUGCAUAUCAAUGUUGCAAGUUUAAAUGAGUGUCUUUAUUUGCUCGAUGGUCGUUUAAAUCAACUUCAUACAUUUUAUGUUGACAUUGAUUUUUUUACUCCGCCGUCGAAAAUGAUCAAAGACAAGAAACUAUUGCCUAAUAUGCGAUGUUUUUUGUUGAUGAGUAAAUCAGAAAUAAUUUUUUAUAAUGAAUCAAUCGUAGAACUUGUUCAGCGAAUGACGAACCUGGAAAAACUUGCUUUAUAUAUUGCUGUUGAACAAAGAACAUUUAUAGAUGGAAACAAUUUGAAAAACAAUAUUAUUAAUCACUUACCAAAAUUGAACAAAUUCAUCUUCAAUAUUCGUUCAUUUAUUCAUAAUUGUGAUUCAAGUGAUUUACUAACAAGUGAAGAAAUACAACAUACAUUGACAGAUCUUGGGGACAGUCAAAUUAUUUAUUAUUUUGAUUAUUUUUUUACUGAAAGACGUGCUCAAUGCCAUUUCUAUUCAUAUCCGUAUACAUUGAAAUAUUAUCAUAAUAUUACAAAUAGCUUUUCAGGUGGAUUAUUCAAAUGUGUUCGUGAAGUAUCAUUAUUUGAUGAUCGUCCUUUCGAACAUGAAUUUUUUGUUCGAAUUGCUCAAGCAUUUCCACUGUUGAAAAAAUUAUCUAUGAUUAAUCUAACACCACAAAAUCAAAAAGCAAAGAACAAUAAUGAAUAUUUAUCAAUCAUUGAAUAUCCUCAUCUAAUUGAAUUAGAUUUUCUCGAUGUUAGUGAUGAUUACCUCGAACAAUUCCUGGUUAACACUAAAACGUUCUUAAUUGAUAAUAUUUGCAUUUAUGCUUAUUAUGAAUCUUUGAAAAGAGUGACAAACAAUUUUAGAAGAGCUGCAACCCGAUUCAAUUCUGCCAAAGUAAAUUCUUUGCGUAUUUAUGGUCAAUUUCAAUUAUCGAAACGUUUAAUAAAGUAUUUUCCUAAUGCAAAAAUAUAG